AUGGCCACGCUCAACACCUCCAGCAAUGGCCCAAACAUCACAAAGAGCUACCAGAGCAUCGUCAAUGCUCCUGCCCCAACCGGUCCCCAAGCCAGCUCACCCACAUAUGGCCAAUGGGCCGUCUUCACAGUAGCUGCCCCGCUCGUCAGCGCCUUCCAGCACGACAGCGGAAAGGAGAGUGUCCUCAAGGUCCAGAGCACUGGAGAGGGCGAGCUGGCCGACCUGGUCGAUGAGUUCUCAGAGGGCCGCAUCCAGUUUGCCUUUGUCAAGGUCAAGGACCCAAAUUCGUCACUGCCUAAGAAUGUCCUGAUAGCUUGGUGCGGUCAAGGCGUCCCGGAGCGGACAAAGGGCUACUUUGGCAGCCACCUUACGGUGGUCUCCAAGCUUUUGCAUGGAUACCACGUCCAAGUCACCGCUCGCUCCGAGGACGACCUCAGCCCCGAGAAGAUUGUCCAAAAGGUUGCAGACGCGUCCGGCGCAAAGUACUCUGGAGGCGGCGCCAUCCCUUCGUCUCGCCCCCCACCUCCCGUUGCGAAGAAGCCUGUAUUCACACCCACAUCAAUAGGAGGCGCAGGCUCCGGCUUCAACCCGCUGGGACGCUCGCGUGCACCCGCUCCCAAGGCUGAUGAGGACCGUGAUGGCUGGGGCGCCGAUGCCCCGCCCGUCUCCAGGUCGCAAUUGGAGAAGGUGGGCACUGCCUACACGCCCACCAAGGUCAACAUGGCCGAGCUUACCGCAAGGAAAGACGAUUCUUCGUCAAACGACCGCCCCGAGGUUGUCAAGGGUGCAUACCAGCCAGUUGGAAAGGUUGAUAUUGCCGCUAUCCGAGCUCAAGCAAAGGAUGCCAAAGACGACCGACCGACUGUAGUCAAGGGCGCAUAUGAGCCCGUUGGCAAGGUUGACAUCGCAGCCAUUCGUGCAAAGGCCCAAGCCGCUCCCCCAUCUCCUGGAGCUCCCAAGGACGAGGAAGAUGAGACGCCAAAGUCGCUCGCCGAAAGGUCCGCAGCCUUCAAGUCGCAGCCCGAACGCCUUACCAGCAUGCCCAAACCAAAGGUUGCCAACAAGUUCGCUGGUGCCAGCGCAUUCACAGGAACAAAGGCUCCUACACCUGGAGGUUUCGGUGCAGCGCCCGCAGUCCCUGCGCCCAUUGUCGGUGCAGCAAGCAAGACAUUUGCUGAUGAGGGAGGAAAGACGCCUGCACAAAUUUGGGCCGAGAAGAAGGCAGCCCGCGGCGAAUCUAUUUCAGCACCUGCUCCCGACGCUGCAAGUCGCCCUAACCCCCUUCAAAGCCAGCCAAGUGGAGGUGGUGGCUGGCAGAGUGGUUACUCUGGCAAAUCAUGGGCGCCGGUACAAACCACUCGAACAGGCCCAACGGGUGCCGCCAAUCUCAAUGAGCAGCGGACGGGAGGCUCGCCACCACCGCAGCAGCAAGCAGAAGAACCAACUUCUCCUUCUGGAGGUGUAAGCUCCCUCAAGGACCGCUUCUCGGGCGCUGCACCAAUGGGAGCCCCAAGCAGUCGCCCUGUGCCCGAGCCCGUGGCGGCUGAUAGCCCACCGCCUCUUGACAACUCGAGCAAGCCCAACGCAGGCAUAAGGGGCGGUGUUUCUCUGCCCGGCCUUCCCAGCCGACCUAAGCAGCCAGAAUCAGAACCAGAAGAGGAAAAGGAGGAGGUUCGCGCAACUCAGCACCAGCGUCUGCCCUCCCCGCCUCGGAGGCCCCGCAGCCCAUCUCCCGAGCCUUCUGGUUCACCUGUGCGCAUCGCCAUGCCCGUUGCACGCGGAAGAGAGCCAGAAGAACUCUCUCCUGCCGAGGAAAAGGCACCAGCUAUGCCUACUCGUUCGUUGAACCAAGCAGCCCAGCAGGCCCGUGACAUCUCCCCCGAGCCCCAGGUUGAGGCCAAGGAUCCCGCUCGCGGUGCCGGUGCUGCAGUUGCCGCUGCCACGUUUGGCGCUGCUGCAGUCGGUGGUGCUGCCAUUGGUGCCGCUGCUGUUGCCGCUAGUCACGAUGACGAUGAGCCGGCGGCCGCAGGCGGCUCUGGAAAGCGUGCAGUCAUCCUGUACGACUAUGAAAAGGCCGAAGAUAACGAGGUGGAGCUACGUGACGGCGAAUAUGUCACCGACAUCGACAUGGUAGACGAGGAUUGGUGGAUGGGUACCAACUCGCAAGGCGAGCGUGGUCUGUUCCCUGCCAACUACGUCGAGCUGGUUGAGGGUGGUGAUGCUGGUGCUGCGGCCGCACCGCCACCACCUACGCAUCCCUCUGCAGUGCAGGAGCCAGAGCCUGCUGCGGCACCACAAGCUGCUGGUGGCUCAGGUCCUACCGCGACUGCUCUCUACGACUAUGAGGCCGCAGAGGACAAUGAACUGAGCUUCCCUGAAGGAGCUACCAUUACCGGUCUGGAAUUUCCCGACGAGGACUGGUGGCUCGGCAGCUUCAACGGCCAAUCGGGUCUUUUCCCUGCCAACUACGUCGAGCUCAACCAGUAAGGAUGCAUAGAAAACAGAAACUAGCCUCCAUGUAUCACUUCCAUUCGCCCAUGCAGGUCUAUGGUUUGCUUCAUGUUGAUGAGCUUUAUCAUAAAAGUAUAGGUUUUUGAGCCAGAAAUAAGAUUAUCGAUUUCGA